AGACGUAUUAUAGAUAUUACAAAUAUGUUAAAUAUUAUUUAUCAUUUCCGUAUGAAUUCUUGAAAGUCUUGAAACUCGCGUUUUAAAAAAAAACGGUUCCCAGAUUAACACGAUUCAUCUUUUGACGCCGAAGGACGCGUGGUCUCGUGAAUUGCACGCAAAGAACAACACAGUAUUAGCUGGCAAAUCGAACAGGUUGGACUUCUUUAAGGAAACCAACCCAGUAAUAAAACAUCAGCACAAAUAAGUUUUAUUCAACGUCUAUGACAUAAUUUAACCUCCAAACUGGUUGCGGUGAAGGAUAAAAGACGAAAAUGGUGAAUGUUUCGUUGGAAAUUUCGGAAACCGAAGGAGCAAAAGUUGUCAAAAAGCCCCGUAUUAAAACGCGUUAUGCCGUUUUGAUUGCGCUGAUCGUACUGCUAUGCCUCUGUUUGGGAUUGGCACACGUUAUGGGGGCCUUUUCGAAAAACACCACAAAAGUAUUUAACCCGCCUGCGGUUUUAAAGCCUUUACCACCUUCGCCAUCGCGACUCCACGUCUUCGAAAAGGCCGCAGUUUGUGCUGAUGCUGCAGCGUGUGCCAGAAUCGGAAAGGACAUCUUAGAGAAAAAUGGAUCAGCUGUAGACGCAGCGAUCGCCACUUUAUUUUGUAAUGGAAUAGUUAACAUGCAAAGUAUGGGCCUCGGGGGAGGUUUCUUAAUGACCAUUUACAUCCGAGAAGAAAAACGAGCUUACACAUUAAACGCUAGGGAAUUCGCACCACUAACAACUAAAGAAGAAUUAUACACCAACGAUUCAACAACUAAAAAAGGUCCCCUCGCAAUCGGAGUUCCGGGUGAAUUAAAAGGAUAUUGGGCGGCUUACAAACGUUUUGGAAAACUCCCAUGGAAAGAGUUAAUUCAACCCUCCAUAGAUCUUUGCGAGCAUGGCUAUAAUAUAAGUUUGGCCCAACACGAUUCAGUGCAAUGGGAUGAAAAGAACAUUAAAAAAGAUCCCCAUCUCAAAACUUGGUUUAAAGACCCAAAAGGAGAAAAUAAGCCAAUUGGUUCGAGAGUGAUUCCUGAAAAACUUUGUGAAACCCUAAAAAUAAUCGCUAAGAAUGGAGGUGACGAAUUAUAUACUGGAAAUUUAUCGAAAUCAUUCGUUGAUGAUAUCCAAGAAAUGGGGGGUUUAGUAACACAUGAUGAUUUAAGAAAUUACACAGCCGAAUGGAUGGAUCCAAUCACUACGGAAUUUCCCAACGGGGAAAAACUCCACACAAUCGGUCUCCCAGGUGGAGGGCCCCUAUUAUGUUUUAUUUUAAAUAUAUUGGCGGGUUAUAACAUGACUAAAGAAAGCAUCGAAGACACCAACUCCACGGUUUUAACCUAUCACAGAGUUGUGGAAGCUUUUAAAUAUGCUUAUGCGAGAAGAACCGAACUUGGAGAUCCUAAAUUUAACGAAUUAACUCAGGUUAUUAAAAAUUUAACCUCAAAAAGUUACGCGGAUGAAAUCCGUUCAAUGAUAAGCGAUCAAGGAACUAGUCAAGACCCCAAAGAUUACGGGGCUGUUAUGGUGAAUAAAGAUGAUCACGGAACAGCUCACAUGUCUAUUUUAGCCGAAAAUGGUGAUGCGGUUUCAGUUACGAGCACAAUUAAUUUAUAUUUCGGAGCUGGGGUAACAUCGAAACAAACUGGGAUAGUGUUAAAUAGCGUUAUGGACGAUUUUUCUUACCCACAUUUCAAUAAUUACUUUGGGGUUCCUUGGUCCCCCACUAACGUAGUUGCCCCGGGAAAACGGCCGUUAUCUUCGAUGAGCCCGACGAUUAUCACGGAUAAAAACGGCGAUGUUAUCUUAGUUAUAGGCGCUUCUGGGGGGACUAAAAUAACGACGGCUGUGGCCGAAGUGAUUAUGAGGUUGUUGUGGUUCGGACAAAACAUUAAGGAAGCUGUUGAUGCCCCAAGAUUUCACCAUCAACUUUUCCCCAUGAAAAUCUCGUACGAAUAUGGCCAUUUACAGCCCAUAUUGGACGGAUUAAAUAAUUUGGGGCAUAAACUCGAAAUUUAUAAGGAACGAGGAAGCAUAGUUUGCGCAAUGUUUAGGAAUAAAGGCAAAAUUUUUGCAAACUCUGAUUUUAGAAAGGGAGGAGAUGUUUAUGGGUAUAAUUAAUAAUGAAUUAGUGAGACUUUUUAAAGUAAAGAAUCUUAAUGACUGAUGUUGAUGCGACUAUGAAGAUAUUUUAAUUGUACAGAAAGUAUACAUAUAUACGCGUAUUUGUUAAGUUGUAUAAUCUUUUUGAUAUAUUUUUGUUAUAAUCACGUUUUUUUCUGUGUAUAUAUUAACAUUUAUUAUAAAUAAAC